UCAGCGAACUUUCAUCGUGACAGAAGAGUGAGUAUCCAAAAAAGCAGCGGACUUCGUACGAAAACUGUGUCCACUCCACAGAAAGCAUCUAACAAUCCCCUACAAACCGAUUAAGCAACGCGCAGGUUCGCAUCCUGAAGGAAUUCGGACCGGCUGGCUGAUUCCACCACUCGCGCAAGAGUCGAGCAGCAUUUUCUUUCCAUCCAGGCGAAGGACGAUUCCGACAUUCUGAGCAGAAGCGCGGUGAAGUGCUCUGGGAACCGGAGGAACGGAACGGAACGAGAGGCAAACACACACCACAAGCACCGAGCAACCAAUAACAACAGCAGGAACAAGAAACGCAACCUCUCCGAAGGAAGGAAGGAAAAAUGGAUGUCUUCAUGAUGAUCAGACGGAAGAAGACCACCAUCUUCACCGAUGCCAAAGAAACGACGCCGGUGCACGAGCUGAAACGAAUGAUCGAAGGAAUCAUCAAAGUGCCUCCCCGGGACCAGCGCCUGUACAACAAGGACAACCAGCUGAUGGACGACGACCGGACCCUGCAGGACUGUGGCAUCACGGUGUCCACCGCCAAGGCACAGUGCCCGGCCCAGCUCGGGUUGGCCAUCCGGGAAAACAGCGGCGACUUCGAGCAGCUGGAUCUGACUCCGUACUCGCUGCCGCCAGAUCUACCCGACGUGAUGAAGAACCAGGACGCGGCCAACGGACAGGAUCAGCUUGCCUAAUGAUGGCGAGGGCUGCGCUCUGUUGGUUACCUACCCCUUACCCCUUAAUGCUGCACUGUUGGGAGAUCGCUGGCGGGAGGAUUGCUUUGUAUCACUGUUUUCUUGCUUCUUUGGCCAACCUUCGGAACAAAGCGAUUCAAUCUUUUGUCAAACAUGAGAUCCAUUGUUUCCCUCUCUUCACACCCUCACACAAACACACACUCACUACUUAGACAAACACACACGCACCAACACAUCUAACUAACACACUUAUACUCAAGUCAUCAACAUUAAGGAGUUUGCAGGCAAUAUCGGAGGGGGGAGUUUCCCGAAAUUUAGUUCUCCAGUUUAUCCCCUACUUAGGUUGUUAUAAUUUCCGUUUUCGUAAUCGCGUCAGUAGUAUGUACCUAGAGAUUGCAUUCGGAUUCACACGGAAUCGAUAUUGAAACGGUAGCCUAAUACAAUGAAGAAAAAGUGGCACGCAGAAUAAAUUGCGCACUGUUGUUUCUAGCAAUUUUUUUGUUUUGUAAAACGAACACUCAGAAAAGACCACGGCAAGAUAUGAUAUGAUGGAAUAGUAUCGUGAGGUUAUCGAAGUGACAAUUUAGAGGGAAUUUGCGUGCGCUACCGGCAGACAGAUCAAGGUCUUAAUGCCUUUUUGUGUAUUUUUUUAUUUGAAUUUUAUGAUUGUAAUUAAAUUAUGAAAUAAAUUAUGCUCGAUUGGGACAGGAA